AUGCCUGCAGCAAACGCAACCAUCCUCGCAGAGUCAGACUCCUCAAUCACCCUCCCCUCCAUCGCUGCACCCACUGCAUCUAUCGCAGCGCCCAUCAAAACCCUCGUCGAAGCCAUCAACAACCCCUCCCCCACUCCCUCUCGUCCCGUCUCCCCUCCCGUCUCCGAAAAGGAACUACUCCUCCAACAGGAACUCGAAUCUUUGGAGGUCGUUGUCAAGCACGCAGAGGAUCCCGAGAGCUGGACACGUCGGACUGCAUACUCGCUCGUCACGGAUGAUUACCGGAUUCAUCAUCUUACGGCUGGCACCUUGCGCGGGGACGGGAUGCUUAGUGUAAAGCCGGCGUUGUUCCAGAGCAAGGAUCAGUUGCAAGUCAUGUCGGUGUUGCAUGUCGGGUCUGAUCUGUGUGGGCAUCCUACUAUCGUCCACGGUGGUCUUCUUGCUACACUUCUUGAGUAA